CGCCUUCCAAUUGAUAUUCUCAAGAUCAUUAUAUGUUUCUUAAUAAGAAUGUAGUAGAUUAUAUGAAUUUCCGUGCUAUCUGCAGGAGUUGUGAAUCAGCAGCGCCUUUAAUUCAAUGGAGAGAAGCUCCUAUUAGCUUAAAAUCUGCUCCAUUACUGCCAUGGCUAAUGUCUCCAGAUAAUCACUCUGGCAUUCACAGUUUUGUGGAUCCAAAACUUGGAGGUAAGUAUCUCGUCAAAGUCCCAGAAUCCUUAGUGGAUGCAAAUAUCCUCUAUUCGAGAAAAGGUUGGUUACUAAUGCACAGUAUUUCUCGGAAUGCAUUAUCUUUCUACAAUCCAUUCACAAAAGACAUCAUUAAGUUGCCAUAUCUGCUUCGAGCAUUUGUUUUAUCUUCGAGCAUGGGUUUCACAUACGCACCAACAUCUAAAUCUUACGUAGUUGUGGCAAUACAUAUUACUCUACAUGAGGCUGAAGUGCGCGUCUUCUGGUAUGGAUGGAGGGGAUGGUCUAAUUAUCGAUUCACUAACGAUAUCAGUAAAUUUGUUUCGAAUCAUAAUAGUCCUGUUUUUCAUGAGGGAGGGUUUUAUGUUCUUGGCAAAGAUGGGAAUUUAGGAGUUUUCAAGGUGUUAUGGCCUGAAAGAUACACCUGGAAAGUCCUUGCCGUGCCUCAGAAGCCCUGCAUCUCUUUCUGUCAAAGUUUCUUAUUGGAAUGUGGUGGAAGAUUGUUAUCAGUCUUUAUGGGUCCUGUAGGAGAAUGGAUUAAGGUUUUUGCACUGAAUGGCAUUACAAUGCGUUGGGACAAAGUGUCGAGGUUGGAACACAAUACUCUGUAUCUGAAUCGACCAUCGUCUUUUUCGAAACCAGGGUGGAUAACUGGAAUGGGGGAAAAAUCUUCCUUCCAAGGCUCGACAAUGAUACAAAUACUGUGGUCUAUUAUUGUUUGGAGACUGGAAAAUAUCAUUGCUUUGGUAGCAAGGAUGAUGCAGUGAAGUACCAGCAUACAAGACAGCUACUAUUUUCAGGUUGGAUUGAACCUUCCUGGUCUUAACUUUUCUUUUUUUUUCAUGAAUUGUUUUGUUAUUUAGAAGUAAUUAUUAGAAGAAAUCUGCUAUUAUUUUGGACUUAGAAGUACAUGCUAUUCAUGUUUCUGAAUUUGUGAGCAUUAGGGUUGAUUUCAAUCCAAGUUGUCCUCUUUUUCUUUU